AUCAAAAUUCAUCUACAAAUCCCACCACAAAUCUUACUACUACGGAAAUUGAGAACAUUAAUGUUGAUCUUUUACUUAAAGAAGAAAGAUUUGAAGAGUCUAUGAAAAUUGAUAUUGAAGCGAUAAGUAUUUAUACAAGUGAUGG